AAAGUAGGCGCCGGAGGGACCAAAUUGGAGAUGGUCAACAGCUUGGAGGAAAAGAUGAAAAGCAAAUCAACCUUCAACAAGUCAUUUUCGAGCAUAUGUGGCCAUUCUGAACUUGAAAGAAGACUCGUACAUCACGAAUGGGAAGAUUACCACGGCGACCGACGAGUGAAUGAGACCGUUUACCACUGGACUAACACUGUUUUCUAAUUUUGGGGACCCGUCUUCGAUGAUCGUGACGUGGAACACCAUCAAUGACACGAAGAUCUCAGCUGUGAAAUAUGGUUCCAGUCCUCUGGCCAUCAACCAGCAGGUCACCGGCUACAGCACCCAUUUUGUGGAUGGGGGGACGGAGCACAGGGCCCAGUACAUACACAGAGUUGUCAUCACUGGGCUUACUCCCGGACAGAAAUACUUCUACCACUGCGGCAGCGACUAUGGGUGGAGCGACCCCUUCUUCUUCACGACCAUGCCCGAGGGGACCGACUGGAGCCCCCGCAUCGUCAUGUUCGGGGACCUGGGAAACGUCAACGCCCAGUCCCUGCCCCGGCUCCAGUCCGAGGUGGACAUGUACGACGCAGUCCUUCACAUAGGUGAUUUUGCGUACGACAUGGAUAAAAAUCAAAGCACCGUCGGUGACGCCUUCAUGCGGCAGAUUCAGCCAAUAGCUGCUUACCUCCCUUACAUGACCUGCCCCGGCAACCACGAGAACAGCUACAACUUCUCCAACUACAAGAACAGAUUCACCAUGCCCUUUGAUGAACAGUCAGACAGGAUGUUCUUCAGUUUCGACAUGGGGCCCGCCCACAUCAUCUCCUUCUCCACCGAGUACUACUUCUACGUCAACUACGGCAUCUCUCAGCUCGUCCGGCAGUACGAGUGGCUGGAGCAGGAUCUCAAGGAAGCAAGUCUCCCCGAGAACCGAGCUAAGCGGCCAUGGAUAAUCACCAUGGGACACAGACCCAUGUACUGCUCCAACGCUGACGACGACGACUGCACACACCUGGAGAGCUUGGUAAGGACUGGCGUUCCCAAGCUUCAUGUUAACGGUUUGGAGGACAUGUUCGACAAGUAUGGAGUGGACUUGGCUUUGUGGGCUCAUGAACAUUCCUAUGAACGCUUUUGGCCUGUGUUUAACAGAACAGUGUAUAACGGCAGCUACGACCAGCCCUACACCAACCCUGGGGCCCCAGUCCAUCUGAUAACAGGAUCCGCGGGCUGCAGUGAGCGUCAUGACAACUUCCUCAAAGAUGCCGGUCCGUGGUCUGCACUCCGUAACCUUGACUACGGUUAUACCCGGAUGACCAUCCACAACAACACCCACAUCAGCUUGGAACAGGUGUCGGAUGACAAGAAGGGGCAGAUUGUGGAUAGCUUCAUUCUCAUCAAAGACAAACACGAACCCUACGGGCUAAGUGGCGACUACUGAAACAGUGGCAGAAAGUUCCCGAAAAAAUAUGUUAAAAGCACUUAAAUGUAAAUUACAUGUAAUGUUUUUUUUAGUAUGGGCAUUAUCCUGAUUUCAGCUUUAUAAAAUGUUUAUAUAUAUAUGUUAAUUUUUGAUGUCUUCAUUAGUUUCGAACUUGAAUUUUCGCCGUAUUUUGAAGAUAUUUGCUUAGAUUCUUUAUCUAUACUUGUAUAUUUUUUUUUCAUUAAAAAAGUUGAAAUGUU